CCUACAAAAAGGCUUAUUCCCUUCCCGAGGGAUAUGCUUUGAGCAAUAAGGCAUUCAAGGACCUGAUGCAGGACUCCAAGGAGCUAUUGAAAAUCUCCAACGGAGAGGAAGACUUGAAGAUGUUGAGCCAGCUCUCGGAGGCCAUCGUGUUCCAUCGCCUCAAGGCCGAGUUGAAGGACGUCCCGUCUUUUACUGUGGCUGGCUAUAAUAUCGAGAAAACUUUCCUCAGGAGUGUCAAGAAAAAUGAGAAAGAGGAAUUCAUAAGGAAGUUCGACGUCCCCAAAGGUGUGAAACUAAGCGAUCACGACGUCUUUGGCCUUGCAGUGUCCGGCCAAGACAUAUUGGGGAUUUUCUUUGAGGUCACUUCCACCACAUCGGAGGCAAAUCCCAAGACGGUUUUGAAGGCUCUUGGCAACACCACGAAGGAAAUAAGGCUAGACAUGAAUAUAUUUCGUACUGUAUGUGGAGAAUAUUUGACUACCAACGUGAAGCUGGCAGGUUUUGCCGCUCUUCCGAUGAUUUCCAAACAUUAUUUGAAGAACCUGAUAAAGUGUAGAACAUGUACGGCACGAGUCCUCACCUCGGACGACCUGGAGAACCCAAGGGCAUUCAGAACCUUUUUGGACAGAAACGGAAUCGCGUUGGAAAAGACAUGGGACCCCGAUCUUGAAUCGCCCACAAUGAACACUUUCAAAUAUGUCUUCGACUUGUACGCCAGUGCAGCCUCAACUGUGGAGCUCCCCCGCAGCAUCAAUGAGAUGUUCAACAGGAGCGAUGACCAAAUGAAGAAGAUACUGCCGGUCCUCACUCCCAAACAGAAGGAACUAGUGAUGAGCCAGUCAAGAUUCACUUUCAUCUGCGGUGGUCCUGGGACUGGCAAAACACUUAUACUCAAGGAAAAAGCAUUGAAAUUGGCAGAGACAGACGACGUAUUAGUCAUGAAUAUCGCCGGAGGACACCUGACUGAAGAGUUCCGGCGCUACUUUCAAGGUAAUGAGCGAAUCCACGUGAUCGAUGGGAGAGAGGAGGCCCUGGAGGAUGACCUCGAGAAAUUGAAAAGCUUCCUGGAACAGCAUGGGAAAGGUAAACAUGUCCUCGUGGAUGAAGUCCCCAUCACACUAGGAAUCCAAGGCAUUCUAACACCGAUGGCUCUAUCCAACCAUUGGGCAAGGACCAUGGAAUCCUCAACGACCAAGUCCAUGACUCUUGUGUUUAGGCCGAACGACCAGUCAUACACAAAGGAAAUAUGUCUACAGGAUGUCCAGCCUGGACGUUCCGAAAUACAUGUCCUCCGAAGAGUAAAAAGAAAUAGUCGGAACAUUGCUGAGCUAUUUCUGGCAAUUGGGGAUUAUUGCCGCAGGAUCUUUCCAUCCCGUGAGAGGACGCUCGAAUUAGACAUAGAAGAAUCAGGAGAUUGCUUCCCAGUAGUCUACACCAUUCCCUCUUGCAGCCAUCAGAGCCUCUGCAGGGACGAAAUGGCUUGCCGUGCAGUCAGGGCAUCUUACGCCAUUCGAGUCAUCCACGAGAAACACUUGGAAUCGUCGAAGCUCUCACUUUUCGUCGUGGUCGACGACGUGAAGCUGAGGAAGGAUGCUCUCGUGAACACCCUCGCUUCCCUCUGCCCUUCGCUUCCUACGUUUAUUGACUCCAGAGGGGAAUUCCGCAGAAAGCUUGUUUCAGAGGCCUCGGUUCCAGUCGUCGUCCUUAAGCAGGAGGAAAUGUUGGGAUAUCAUCCAAAAAACGUGACCGCCGUUGUGGAUUUCCCUGGAUCGAGGUGGAUCAACUACAUCCGAUUGGUGACUGGACGUAAGAAGAUCCUCGUCGUCGAGGAGGAGGAACUGGUCACGGGAAAAUUCUCUCGAGUAAAGCAAAGCCUCAAUUUGGAGAUCCAAGCGGUGAACAUUGAUGAAAAAGAUCUCAAUCGCAGACUGGAGACGAUACACUUGUCGGAAGAUGCUAAGUCCUUUGACGGUCUCCAGGAGCAGGCCUUCCCUCCUGCACCCUUGCCUCUCGUAGAUAUGGAUAAGGGGAGUAACGAAGAGGACGAGAGAGAUGUGGAGAAGAUGUUUCUUUCCAAAUUCACUGCAAUAUUUGCAGACGGCUCGGGCAUCUCCCUCGAAAGGGUGGCGAACGCCUUGCAAGAAACUCCGGACUGCACCGCCAUCGUACUGCGGUCCCAGCCGACAGCCAGAGCACUCUUUGAUCACAUUCGAAGAAACGAAGCACCCACUGUUUUGCAAUUACGAGUGAAGAGUCUGUCCACCUUUUCCUUGCCCGCUGCUAUCGUGUUUGGUCCUCCCGUCCAAUUCGUGAGGCAUCACUGCUCGGGACGACACCAGAACAUGUGCAGUGGGAACGAAGUGGCUUUUCUGUCCUCCCUCAUCCAGACCGUCCUUCCGCCGGCGAGACCAGAUGCACCAGAGGAAGAGCAGCCUCACAUACUGGUAUCAGAUGCAGUCCUGCUGAAGGCACUGAAGGAAAAAAUGAGCAGAAUUCCAGUGAUGCAUCCAAAGGAAUUCCAGGACGCGUUGGAAUGUGUCAACGCUUCUGACACAUUUUACCACAACCGAUAUGAAGAAUUCCCCGAUGACACAUAUAAGUACGUCAAAUGA